AUGCAUGACUGCUUGUGGACAGUUUGCGCAGAUGGCCUUUUUCUUCAAUCUUCUGACAAUUCGAAUAGUGUUCUUGUUCAAGUUGUUUUCCGUACAAGGGGCUUUAGACGAUUUCAGGCCGACAAGGAAUUAAAACUCGGAGUCAAAGCGAAAUCUUUUCACGAAGCCCUCAAGCAUGUGAACAAGGAUUACUCCCUUAUUUUGAAAUGCGAUGACAAUUCUGACGAUAUUUCACUUCAUACAUUCUGCACGAAUGGCGGUCCUUCAGCUACAUUUGAUCUUCAUCUUAUUGACUUUGAUCGCGAUGAAGUUGAAAUCCCCAUAUUUGACGUGAGUUGCAAAGUGUCAAUGCCAACCUCGUGUUUCGUCGAUGUCUGCAAACAGUUUUCAACUGUUGGGGAUACAGUAACGAUAUCUGUCAAAAGUGACUUCAUUCUUUUCGAGUCUGAUGGUAACUGUGAAAGCGGACGGAUUAAGGUGGCAAAUUAUUCCGAUAUCCGAUUUCCAAGUGAUUCGAUUAACAUUGACGUUGUCAAGCAAUUGCAGCAAACAUAUUCGACAUGCUAUUUCCGCCGUCUCUUGAAAAUCGCCCCUCUUGCUAAUCGGGUGGACAUUCAUAUAGUGGAAGAGCUGCCAAUUGCCGUUGUCUUCCAGAUCGAUGAGUACUCCGCUCUCAAGACCUUUAUUGCCCCUAGACUUUAG